AUGGCUGACCCGCUACUCUCACCUCCUCAACCCACCCCUCAACGUUCUUCCUCAAUCACACAACGUAACAGACUCUCGUCACCGCAUCCGCGGUCAUCAACAGCAACACCGGUUUCACAACUAGGUGAAGCCAAACCAAAAGACUUUUCGUUCCUGUUGCGACCAGAGAUUUACCACCCUCUUACCCCUCUUAACGUCCCUGUUGCAUUCCGUAAUCCACAAAGGCAGCCCAAUCCCGAAGCGCCCGUUGAGGAGCUUGUUGCCAGUGGUCACUUCAGAGCAGCCGCUAUCGCAGCAGUCCAGGAGCUUACAGGCUCUGGAGCAAGCGGGGGCAUUAACCCUACCAACUCCAAGAGGAUCUUCGAGCUUCUCUACACCCGUCUAGCAUGUCUUACCCUAAUAGAUGCGACUCCCCUGGCCGCCCAGGAGGUGAAAGCCAUGGAGGAUCUUAAUGACAUAAGAAAGUACGUGGAUGAAACGACAGGAGAGCACCUUGUACCCUGGGAACUCCGAGUUCUCAACAUCCGCCUUCAGUCACUUGGCUUCGGCGAUUACCGCAGAGCUGUAAUGAGCUACCACGAUCUCGCUCGCGAAGCACGAGAGCGCAUCACGAAAGCAGCUGCGCAACACGACAACUCUGCCAGAGAGAUCUGGAAAGCCCGUCUCCACGAUCUUGGCAUUCAGGUAGCAGGUGCUCUCAUUGAACUUGAAGACUUGACGGGUGCCGCGCAACACUUGAACACCCUGCAGGACCGGGGUGAUGGCAAGAUGGCACUUACAAAGGCACUCCUGUGGCUGCAUCUAGGCGACGUUGAUAGCGCAAGGGAUUGCGCGCGCCAGGCUGUUGGCAGUGACGAGAAUGUAGAGAAGCUCAUUCUAGCGCUCUGUGACAUGGCGGACUCUGAGUAUGAAAGCGCGCUCGAUGCGUGGAAGGAGCUCAAGGAGACUAUGGAUGACGAGAUGGUCGGUGUCAACACAGCAGUAUGCUUGUUAUACUUGGGAAGAAUACAAGAGGGGCGAACGGUAUUGGAAGAGCUUGUCGACUCGGGUCUGUCGUCGCAUACGCUGCUGUUCAACUUAUCGACUAUGUACGAGCUGUGUACCGAGAGGCACAAGAAUAUGAAGAUCAAGUUGACGGAGCGGAUCGCUGGCAUGGAAGCAUCAGCAGCGGGUUGGGAGAAGACAAACAAUGAUUUCAAGCUAUAA